AUGGAAAAGGGUCAGGGAGUUCCCCUGCCGCUGACAGACAUACCAGCACCACCAUACACAGGCCCCCCUGCAGCCUUUGACAUGAGAGGCUAUAAGGGAGGCCCUCCUCCACCUGCUGUGUACUCUGCUCAACAACCUGGAUACCAGUACUCCCAGCAACAGCCUCAGUUCAUGCAGCCUGUGAAUCAGGUUGUUGUAGUGCAGCAGCUGCCAACUGAGGCUCCAGGACAGAUGAUGUGUCCUCGCUGCCAAACCACUGUCCUCAGUCAAACCGAGUACAAAUAUAGUAUGUGCACGUGGCUGACCUGUGGGAUACUUGGACUCUUCUUUUGCUGGCCUUUCUGUCUGAUCCCCUUCUGUGUGGUUGCCUAUCAUGAUGUGGAGCACUCCUGCCCCGUGUGUCACACCGUCCUGCAUGUCCACAAACGCUGA